AUGUGGCGAAUACUGUUCUUAGCAAUUCUUUCACUCUAUUCAGAAGGUCUGGAACUGCGACCGCCAUGUGACUUGCCUGUCCACCUCGGAGACGAGGAUUGCAAUAAAACGUCAUCCAUCAGAUACUAUUUGGAUGCAGAAACUCUUACGUGUCUACCGUUUAAAUAUAGUGGUUGCGGUGGAAAUGAGAACAACUAUGAGUCAAGUAUUCGUUGUCACAUCAAAUGCCUUCCAAUGGAUUAUCUGAAGUGUCCAGCUAAUACGGCUCCUUCCAAGAGAGAAGACGGCAGUUCGAGUUGUGAUGAGAAUAAUAAAUGCCCAGAAGGGUCGACGUGCAGGAAAGGUUUCGCUGUAGGAUUGUGCUGCAACAACACAGCUAUUGAAAAGUACAACGACAACCAGAAACCAGAUUGUGGCCAUAAGAAGAUUGUCAUGGAUAGAUCACUUGGUUAUCCGUCGAUACUAUUUGGAAAGUCGUGCGAUCACAACUUCUGUCCCGAGGAAUCCGACUGUCGCUACGGACAUUUCUUUGCAUUCUGUUGUAAAUAA